GUGAGUAGUAGGUAAAUGAACCAUUCUGCCCCUGGCGGAGGUGUUGGUGACAGAUACUAAAGGGGCUGUUUUCCUCCUCUGAGUAGCGGAGAAGCAGCUACGGCCUGUAACUCAAUCUCCGCAGAGGGCGGGGGAAGGCCCUGUACCGCCAGGCACAACCCUGGCUGAAAUCUGCCCUCUUUGCAAAUUCCACGCAAAGGCUGUAGCCACGUGGGCAUUCCAUUGCUCCUCUACAUUCUCCGCCUAUAAAAGCUGAACGGACUCUUUUCCGCAGUGUUUUUCACCGUGCUAACUUUAUGGUGUUAAAAUAGUGCCAAAAGUCGCGCGCGUAUGCGCUCGCGAGCAGAAAAUCCAUGCUGUCUACGCGCUCGCGAUUGCACAGCGCUCGCUCGCUCGCUCGGCGUUAAAUUAGUGCCAAAAGUCGAACCACGCGCUUGUGUGCACUCGCGUGCUGAAAACCCAUCCCCUCUACGCGCGCGUUCGCUGGACCCUAUCUACGCGCUCGCGUCUGCACAGCGCUCGCUCGCUAGGAAGAAUUUUGACACUUUGUAGGCGGGAACAGUGGCUAAUGCCUCCGCUUCUUUGAUUGUUUUUUUUUUUUUUUUUUAAAUAUUGACUACGAUUGGCUAUUUGCUUUGGUAGAAGAUGAAGAUAAUUGACCAAUGGAUGUCGGAGCAACUCAGAUACCACCUUCUCGAAAGUCUUUUGCAUAAAAUAGAAAUGGGAUUCAGCGCGACUCCACUAAAUUUGGAUUACCUGGAGUUCCUUUGUCAUCAGGAGCUGUAUCUUCUGCAGGCCCUGUCUAAUCACAUUGAAGUACCUCCUGCUAUCACCCUGGCUUUGCAAGAGCUCUUUGACCUUGUGAGGGCACAUCUGGAACGUCCAGCCCCAUGUGUCACACAGGAAGUCACUGCCACCAAUGGCCGACCCAAGAUUUUGAUUGAAGAACAACGUUUGAAAGAAAUGCUCCAUACUCAACUUCCUGUACCUUGCAUAGCCACACUGAUGGGUGUUUCAAGAAGAACAAUCUUAAGAAGAAUGAAAGAGUAUGAGCUCUGUGUUAGGGACACAUAUAAUUCCAUCAGUGAUGAGGAACUUGACAAUUUGGUUUCUUCUGUCAAGAAUGAUCUACCAAAUGCAGGCUACAGGAUGGUCAGAGGGAGGCUGCAGUCAAUGGGCUGCAGGGUUCGGUGGAGAAGAGUUGCAGCCUCCAUGCAUAGGGUUGAUUCCAUGGGCAUCAUAUCAAGGUUGUCAAGUCUUGGCUGUGCUGUACGCAGAAUGUACUCUGUACCAGGGCCCUUGUCUCUGGUACAUGUGGACACAAAUCACAAGUUGAUCCAGUUUAUAUUAACAUCAAAUUUAUUUGAAGUUUGUUCAUACAAGCCCUGGGUGGAUUGGUGUGGGGUGGAUUGGUGUGAGGUGGUGGUGGGGCUUUGGAGAAGAUUUCCUGCCGAUCAACACUGGCAGCUUAUAUCUAUGUGUCAUGGAGGUCUCAGGACUCACAGAUAUUCAGAGACGUGGAUAGUUUACCAGUGUUUUUCAGCAGGAAAUUUAUUUGUAAGAACUUGAAAGCCCUUAAAUUGCUUUCAGCAAAGUAAACAAAACUUGGAAAAAAUAUAUGCUCAUUCACCAGCAGUUUCUAAUCUGGGGUCUAAAGUGGUCAGGCUUGCUAGUGUAUUUGGUUAUUUGUGUAUCCUAGCCUGUUGCAGUGUAUAUUUCCUGUAUAUUUUGCAUGUAAAAAUGUUGUUUAUGUCAGUGCUUAAUAUUAUCAUGUAGUCUUCAUGAACUUUGUUUUAACCCGACUUAAUGGCUUUCUUCAUCUUGGCCAGGGACUGCAUUUGAAAAGUAGCCACUUGACUAAAAUUGGCGCGUUUUCAGAAAUGCCAGCAACAAUAGUGAUAAUGAACACCCCUCUAACUGACUCUCAGUUGGUUUAGAAAAAAGACUUUUAAGAGAAAAGAAAGCCUUCCAUUGGUUUUGCAUUUUUCUCUUUUUUGUUAGCUGUGCACAACAUAUCAGAAGAAUACAUCACAAUUAAAUUAGUUAAGAAAUAACAGAUUACGUAUAUACAAUAUUAAGGUGAUAACAACAACCCUCACUGUCUGUAGGUGCUGGUUCAGACAGGUCAUUCUGCAGCAGGGACACCACCCGUCGUGCAGCAUCCUACAAAUCUCCCUAUCACAACAGCCCACACAACAGAAUAACAUUAGUGUAUGAUUCAGUAGGGCUAGUCCGGGUCUGGAAAGUAGUUGGGCUAGAUUUUCAAACCAAGAAAUUUAGCUGGGCCAGACAUUUUCAGCGGCCCAGUAAGCAGCAGGUAAUGGCAUUUUAAACAAACACAAAUCAAGGUACAUUAUUUUAAAAAGCUACAACUGAACAGAAUCUGAGAGCAAUAUUUUUUUUCCACUUCUACAAUAAGAAAAUAUUUUGGUCGUAUCUGACCUAGACACAGCUCAAAGUGCAUAAAAGGAAAAAAAAUGCCUAUUAGAUGGUAAACUGCCAGACAUAAAGAAAAAGGGAAAAAUCGGCUAUAAUCAUCAUCCGCUUAUACUGUAGUGAUCCAUUUCACCCACACAGGCAUGUUCACCAUAAGCGGUUUCCACAUUAUUGUCGAGGUGACUAUUCACUUUACCUCUGCUUUCUCUGACGUCUUCCUGAUUCUGCCGCCAACAAGGGGCUCAUAGGGUGGAGACUGAGGGUGUUAAAUAGACCCAUCUUACUUUUGUCACUGAAUGCAACAAAUAAUGUUGUAUUUAUCUGUCAAAAGUCCAGCACCAAGAAAAGCAACAGAGCGACAAUAGAAACUGCAAUAAUAAUGGAAGUGCGCCGCCCUACAGGGAAGGAGGAGUGAUGGGAGUCCAGGUGGUGGCUAAGCGCGCGUGGGGAGAGGCGUUGUACUGUGAGGCUUUAUGAACUUCCGAUGGGGCAGUGCUGUCAUACAGCGGGGAGCCUGAGAGGGGCACUGUGGCCGCAUGCAAGAGCCCUGGGUAAUGAGUUGUAGAGCUGCGCAGGAACUGAGAGCCCAAGCUGUUGGACAUUCCACUGGACUAGGAGACUGGAGUGAGCGAGGAGGAGCUCAUUGACCACAAACUGGGAUACUGGCUGUGUGUGAGCAAUGGGGUGGAGAUUAAGGAAAGACGUUAAAUCAGCAUGCAGUGUUCCCUGGAAACAACAACAAAUAGUGUCACUGUAACUAAAACAAUAUCAAAAUAAUGCCUAUUUUUUAUUCAUUUUACUUGUAGAGUGCAAAGUACAAAGGAAAACAAAGAGUAACUAUGCUGAAAUAAAUCAAAGCAUGUCCCAGAAUGCAGUGAUGGGCCUGAAUGGAUCAGGACAGAAGAAGGUGAAAGACCUGUUAACGAGGUGAGACGAUGCAGACACAGGCCGGGAUGUGGGUAUAGGCGAGAACAAGAGGGAAGACGGGGGCCCGAGACUCAGCAUGGGGGCAGGUGGGGGAGGGGGGCACGGGCUCACCUCAACCAGCUGCCUACUGAAACGAAAGCGGAUAAAGACAGAAACUAGAACCUCAAACUAAACAACACAAACAACAAUAUCAAGUUAUAUUCAAUCAUUAAACAGUUAUAUAUUUAAUCUAAACAAUAGUAAUAAAUAUCGCUCCGGGCAAUUUAGCAACUCCAAUUAGCCUCAGCAUGUUUUUGGACUGUGGGGGGAAACCGGAGUACCCGGAGGAAACCCCACGACGACAUGGGGAGAACAUGCAAACUCCACACCCAUGUGACCCAGGCGGAGACUCGAACCCGGGUCCCAGAGGUGUGAGGCAACAGUGCUAUCCACUGCACCACCAUGCCACCCCCUGUAUGCUAUUUCAUUGUAUAAAAAGAAACUUACUGUACUGUACAAUAAAGUAUUUCAGGAUGCUGUGGACUGUGUUUGUGUGUGAGCAGCAGCUGCAUGUUCCUUACAUUUUUUU